UUAUCCAAGAAAAAACAGAAAACUAGAUUAGCCGAUUCUCAAUGGACGCGGGAAUUCUUCAGCGCUUCGUUAUUCCGUUAAACCCUCCACGCCAACGUCAUGUUUCCCGCCCGCGCCAAAUCAGGGUUUCUCUCAAUUCUCAGGGAGGCUAUGGAGGUCCCAAGCCCAAGAGGGACCUGCUCGCCGAAUGGGUGUCUAAAAACGACGAUUUCGUCCGGAGCUUGCCGAUAUACGUCGGCGGCGCAUCUCUGGCGGUUGUGCUCCUCAAUCGAGCUGUGUCGGGCAUUGCUCCGGUUGCUGACGCUAGCAGUUCCCAGUCUAGAGCAGAUCUGUUGACGCUUGGUUUGGCUGUUACCAAUAUCUUGAAUGGUCUUGUGUGGCUCUCGAUUCGCCCAAAAACUAUUUCUGUGGUAGAUCCUAAUGGGGUGGAUUGUCGAAGAAUUUAUCAUGGCCUUCCUGAAUCUGUGACUUCAGAGUUACUCUGGGCAUGGGAGUCUAUAUCAAAUGCUACAUGCUGCAGAUCCCUCAUUGUAGUGUAUGAUGGUAUCUGCAUUUUACAAAUAGGGUUUGCUGAUGUCUUGCAACCAAAUGGAGAUGAACCCAUGGGUGUAGAUGCUGACAAAUUGAUCCAAGGAUCCCUCUAUGAGGGACUUAUGAGAUCUGGAUCACAAAGUUAUUUGGCUAAUCUGUCAUUGUAUCCUGGGAAGACUGAGCUUCCGUUUCUACCUUCAAAUACACAGGCUGUUAUCUUGCAACCACUUGGUGAAAAAGGAAUUGCAAUAGUUGGUGGUGACACAAUUAGGGGAUUCACUACUUCAGACCAGGCAUGGAUCACAUUAAUAGCAGAGAAGUUAGAUGCUACACUUGCAAAAGCUGUAAAUAAAACUCAAUUGACAGUGGAAGAGAAUAGCUAAUUAAUCCAGCUAUGACUUGAAUUCCUGAUCAGCCAAUGAUGCCCCUAAUAAUGCAUCACUUCAAUGGCUAUUCUCUGGCUAAAUGCUAAAAGCCUGGCAUCCCAUUCUUUUGUUCCUGCAACACAAUGUCCAAUUUUCCGGAAGCACCAUCAAGUUGAGCCCCACUACUACAAUAGAUUGAGAAUGCCAGAUUUUUUUGGAUGUUCAAGCAGAGUAUCUUUUCAUGUAGAAGAUACAUUUUGUUGUUUCUAUGCUACAGAUUUUUUUGGAUUUCAUAUUUCUAAUGUCUUGCAAUAGUUUCCUUACUUGUAAACUAUUCAUUCAAUAAUGCUGCUGAAGAGUUCAAUCAUUCAAUAAGAAAGCUAAAACUCACUUCCUUACUAUCUAUA